AUGAUGCGAAGCUGCUUUAGACGUUGGUUGAAGAGACUCGGCAGUUGGGCGGAACGGACUGGUUGGCAAUUUGACGGCCGUUAUGCAAAUAAGUGGGAGUUCGACAUCGACCCAGAUGCAGACGAUCUUGCUGGACUUCACUUGCGAGUGGUCGUAUACCUGGAAGAACCGUUCGUGAUAAAGAAUUCUAACAACGAAUAUGAAGGAUUCUGCAUCGAUCUUCUUAAUGAGAUGGCGGCCAUUCUGAAGUUCAACUACACGAUCAUCGAAGACGAGUCAGGACGAUGGAACGGCAUCAUCGGCGCCUUGCAACGGCAUGAAGCCGAUGUCUCCAUCUCAGCGGUUACGAUCACUUACAGUAGGGUGGAAGUCGUUGACUUUACACUGCCAUUCAUGCAUCUGGGUAUUUCAAUUCUUCUUGCUCGAACAAAUGACGAUUCAGAGAAGAGUUCUAUGUUCACAUUUUUGGAGCCGCUAUCGUUCACAGUUUGGUUGUCUCUUAUUGGUGCCUACCUCUCGGUAUCAUUUAUUAUGUACCUCUUGGCAAGAUUUAGUCCGUACGAAUGGUACGACAUUGAGAAGAUCGAUGAACGUGACCGAAGUAUUGAGAAUCAGAAAAACCAGUUCAAUGUGUUAAAUUCGCUAUGGUUUGCUGUCGGUUCGCUGAUGCAACAAGGAAGUGACGUCAUUCCACGAGCGGCUGCCACACGGGUGGUGGCAGUGAUAUGGUGGAUGUUCACCCAGAUACUUAUUUCCUCAUAUACCGCUCAAUUGGCAGCAUUUCUUACGGUGGAACGGAUGGCUACACCCAUCGAAAGCACCGCAGAUCUCGCCAGUCAACAGAAGAUUCGAUACGGGACGCUGAAAAGCGGUAGCACGAUGGACUUUUUCAGAGAAAGCCGAAUUCCCAUCUAUGAGCGAAUGUAG